ACAAUGCCAACUAGAACGGAUAUAACAUACACACCGGCUGCUGUGUCUAUUGGCCAAUGGACCAGCCAUGGUCGUUCAGUUGACAAACUCGACGUGAGCGAAUUUUCAAUUUUCCGGCUACGCUGCGGUAUGCUCAUCCCUACUGACACGCAAACCACGACAAUCAUACGAAAUAGUACAAUAAAAAGGCUAACAAAAAUUGUGAGCAUUAUCAUUUUUGGGGGAAACAUCGAAUGCGAAAACUGACAAUACAUUCAGUUUGUGAGUGGAAGAUCGACGAUCGAGACGACGUUCAACGAGAACAACUGUAAACCAGAAAUCGAACCAGCCGCCGAGCAAACGGAAGCAGACGACAAAUGCCGCAGUGCCUUGCUUGCUUUGCUAGAAACGCGCGUUAUGUAAGCGUUUGACAUUGUUUCGCCACUUUGGCUGCCAAAUAAAUGCAGUUGUGCCGAUUAAGAUUGCCUAAAAUAUCUUAAAUUUAAUAUAAAAUUUCGCUAUUGAAUAAGUGCUGUAAUUAAAACUCAACGAAAGACGUGCGUGUAACGGUAAUAAAAGUGUGGAAAAUUGUGACAAAACUAUCGGAAAAAAGUUGGUGAAAAGUUUUAUUUUUGGAAAGUGUUGACACACGCAUCACAGCGCCGACUUACUUAUGUAUAUAUAUAAAUAGCUGCAAUAUAUGUAUAUAUUGUAUAUAUCUAUGUACAUAUAUAUAUAUAUACUCAACUCAACUGUAUCAACUUUAAUUAAGUGUUGUAUAUGUGCAAUAGCUUGUCAAUCACCAUUGCCGCACGUUUUGGAACACUCCAUACACACAUACAUAUACAUUGUAUAUAUAUUUAGUCGAUCACACACGCAUAUGUGUGUGUGUUAAUGUAGUGCAGUGAAAAACUUGCAAGUGAACUUAAUAAAUUCUGCAUUUUGUGUGCAAUUGUUGGUGUUGGAAAAGCGAAAACUUCAUGCAACGCAUUUGAAAUCGUGAAUUUUUUUUUUUAAAAAUAGCACAGAAAAUUUUCAAAAAUAACACAGAGCAGCACCUCCCUGGGCUGGCUAGUUGGCUGCUUGGCUAUCUGGCUGCUUGGCUGGCUCGCUGACUAACUUAACUUGCACAUCUUGUUCAUAUUUUGGGAAUUAGUGUGGCAAAUAAACACACAGAUACAUACAAGCAGAGAUACACUACACAAAUACACACAAGCAAACACAGUGGCAACUCUAUAAGCGAAUUGCCUGUCAACGUAUUUGUGUGUAUCUUGAUUAAUUAGUGUAUGUGUGUAUGUAUAUUAGUGCGCUUUGCUUGAACACGAGAAUUACAAGCAUAAAUUGCAUUUUGGCGAAGAAACAAACAAAAAUUUGUUAAGUCAACUAAGGAAGUAGCGGCCCAAAGAGCGGACAGUUUGACUCGAUUAGAUAGAAAUAUGGCGACGCAUUCGAACGCGAACACUUUUUCAACCAAACUAAAUCGUAAUGUGUUGACUAUGCCAAAAUGGGUGACGGAAACUCACGAUCGCGUCGGUCCGAAACCACCACCACCACCAUCACCCACGACGUCGGAUAAUACCCUUAAAGUGCCAGUUUUGCCACCGAAAACGAAAAAUCUACCCGAACCUGAUUAUGAAGUCAUCGAGUUCUCUGGUCAGCAAUACUCGAAUGAAGUUCUUAAAGCGGGCAGUCGUUCGAAAACCCCAAGCACACCAGAUGCAAAACUGAAAUGCACGCUCUGCGGUUCACAUCAUCCCUGGGUCACAUGUGAGGAGUGUGCACAGCAGAUCUUUUGCGCCUCAUGUGACGAUAUGUUUCACAAGCAUCCCAAGAGGCGUACGCAUGUGCGAAAGGCCAUUGAUCAGAGCCGUCCACCAUUGCCGCCGAAAGUUUUACCCGGACAAAAUGGACCGACACCACCGGUGGCACCACCAAGACGCAAGGCACGCGGAUUUACACCACUACUGCCGCGCAAGGAACAGGUCAACACGAAUACGCUGCCAAUACCACCCUCGCCGACACCCUCAUUGAAGAGCACCUCCUGGCAGGAUCGCGUCAGUUCGCUCAAAAACGGACUGAAUUUGAUGAAUCGCCCAUUACCUGAAACACCCAAGACGCCGAACAGCGAGCACACAUCGUCGCGUUCGGUCACGCCUAAGUCGGUCUUCGAUAGCAUACAACGUCCACCGUCCGUCACACUGGAGAAGAUUAAGAGUAAGGCUAGCGCCACAUUGGAUCGAAUGACAUUGCUGCAGCAACGCUAUCGUCAACACAAAGAGGAAAGCCUGAAGGGCAACACGGAUGGUUCUGUUACUGAUCAGAACCUCUCAUUCGAUCAAUGGUCAACCAUCUCACCGUCGCCAUCACAUUUUCGCUCAGGCAGCAUGUCGUCCGGGAUCAAUUCAUCUCAUUUUGACCUCACGGAUGAUACACAUUUUCACAAUAUGUUUAAUCAACGGCAGAUGCAUAUGUCCGCGGCACAACAGCAACGCGCCAACGGUCAAAUGGGUACGCGUGGUAUGAGCACGUCCGUCUUCAAUUUGAAUCACAUAAAUCGGCGCGCGCCAGAGCCACAGAAUGCGUGGAUGAAUAAUCCGAUGCAGCAGGCUCAGUCCAUGGCUCAUCUGAAUUGCGCAACCUGUACCAACCCACAAUCGCAUGCCUGGCACGCUCAUCAACAACGCAUGCCAAUGAAUAUGCCGGGCGGAGAAUGGGGUAAUCAAUUCAACUCACAGCAACAGCUUAAUCGCUCAAACUUGUCGCUCAACGUUGGCGCCGGCUAUAUGUUACCACAUCACCAUGGCGCUGGUGGCAUGAUGGCACCACCACCUGUCUUUAUGAACCAAGCGGGCAUGAUGGCGGGCAUGUAUCCAUAUCCCUACAAUGCGGGUAUGCCUGUUAUGAAUCCAGGUCUCAUGGGCAUGCCACCGCCUACACGUUCACGCGCGACCUCACGAGCCGGAUCACGUGCCGCUUCGCCAGCAAUGAGUCGCAAAUCUAUGCCGGUGCGGCGAAAACAACGCACCACCAGUUAUGUUGAGGAUGAGCUUACCGAUGAUGAAGACUCCGAUCAAGACGAUCGACGAUCGAUUGUUUCAAAUCGUUCCGGCAUGACUAACACGCUACACGCACGUCAACGACGCAUAUCGAGUGCCUCUCAGCUGAUGGAUACUGAAAGCGAAACAAAUCCACGACAAACACGCGGAAAGCUACGUGAUCGGCGCGGUUCCGUUGCUAAGUCAGUGCAAAGUGAUUGGUUGCCUAGUCGACGGACGACAGUGAACCAGAGUAACAGUGGCAGUCGACAAAAUGAACCAGGUUUUAUCAACACACUCAAACCCACGCGCAUUUAUUCCGACUUGGACUCAGAGUCAUCGGGCACACGUGCAUUGGUGCAAGCUAAAAUACAAGAGAAACUGGAUAAGGGUACAAAGCGUAGCAGUUCUAAAGAGAAAGUAGCGGAAGCCGCGCACCAAAAAUCCAUUAAAGUUUCUACAGAAGUGCAAGCAGGCGGUAGUCGGACGAUUGCUAAAACGAGCACAGCAACUGAAACGAAAACUGUGUCAGCUGGAAAAUCAGAGAUCAUGAAAAACGAAACGAACCAUGUAUGGGGUGACAAAAGCGAAGCCGCCGAAACUGAGGAGGAGGUGGAGGAAGAAGAAGAGGAGAGCGGUAGUGAAGAGACUGAAAGUGAACAAGAAAAAGCGGCUGGGGAAAGAUCAGACACUGUCGGAGUUACUCGAUUAGAGGAAGAUAAUGCGUCCCAAGUGGCGCCCACCGAUGAAACUAACGAGGAUGACUUAGGUCCCCCACCCUCGACGCCAGAUCAUGAAUGGGAGUGUGAAUUCUGCACAUAUGUUAACGAACCGAAUGUGAAGAUCUGUUUAAUCUGUUGUAAAACACCUAGCCGUGUGCCGCGCAAGACUUCUACAACAACGGCUCCCACAAAACAUCCCAUAGUUGAGGAACGGUCAACAAAAGUUAUUGAAAAACCAUCGAUUAGUCCAGAAAGACCCAUCGCAAAUAAAGAGAAACAAACCAGCAGCACAGAACGAACGAAAGACAAACCGAAAGACAAAGUUAAAGAGAAAAUAAAAGACAAAGUAAACAGUACAACCACCAGCACCAGCACAUCAACUGGAACGGUUACAACUGCACUCAAACGAAAAACCGGCGUCACACAGAGCAUCAUAAGUAAUCUGACGAAUGGCAUAUCGAAGCUCAAGAUCACUUCAUCCGAGAAUGAAUCGGGUAACUCAACGCUAGCGAAGAAGAAAGAAACCGUUGAGGAUGUGUGGGCCGCUUUAGAUGAUAACAUACAGACCACAGCUAAUGAGAUAAUGCGUAAAGCGGAAAAGUCCAAACAGAGCAACAAGGUCUCCACUAGUUGCGGCACUUCACCCAUACGGGAAAUAACGAAAACUAAGGAAACCUCAAGUAUACAGCGAAACGUGAAGGAAACUGGCACUUCGCCGCCACCGCAAAGUAUUUCGACUCAAACCUACGAUACGGUACCUUUACGACAACGCGAACCAAGUGUCACAGAAACUAUGCCCACUGGAAGUAACAAUUUGUUUUACAACGAAAAUACACAGCUACGUCGUGAAGUACCUUCACCAUUAAGUGUUUUCUCACCAGAUACGCCCCACUACGAGCCUAGACACAAAGAGCCCGAAACUGAGCUCUACAUACUACUGAAGGAAGCCGAGCUCUAUAAAUUCACAGCAGAGGAACUGCAUGCAGCGCUGAAGUAUUGUGGUCCUUCAGUACAUCCGGUACAAUGGUUACGUGAAAACUGGCACAAACUUAUACAAACCGUACAAAGUUUGUCGACGAAAUAUGGACAGGAACGUGUAGAGAAUAUUAUCGGCACAGUAUCACAGGGUGAGGCGAGAGAUGCGCUACGUCAACAUGGCGGCAAUAUAUGGCAAGCGGUAUCAGAAUGUAUCGAACAGCGACAGCGGAAGUACCGCGAGAUCUCAAAUAAAGGAAACUACUCGCGCGAAGACAUCGUAACUGCGUUGACUAUACAUCAAGGUAAUGCAGAUCUGGCGCUACUGGACUUGGGACGCACACAGUUGAAGCCAUUUUUAAUGCGUAUACGUGGCUCGCCAGCUGGUGUUGAGAAUGAGAGUGGUGUAAACUUUUUCGGCGACAACUCAGUGGAGCAUACAAUUCAGCCAGAAAUUCAUGAUUUCCUCAGCGCAAACGCUUCGGAAUGUUAUCAAACACCGAAUGUAGCUGGUGCUGCUUUCAUAACUGAUCAUCCCACGCUAUCACACGCAUCAUCUACUAACGAAUUACGUAAUACCAUGUACGAUAGCAUUUACCGUCAUAGUCCUUAUAGUAGAGAGGCAUCAUCAAGCAGAUUUCAUCUAGACGAUCCCGCAUUUAAUAAUCAAAACAUGUUAAAAGAUCUCGAGACCCUUAUUGGUAAUAUCGAGCAAAAUCAAGCGAAACAAACUGAACCGAUCCUCAAAACUAUGGAGUCGAUGUUGGCCAAUAGUUUAGGAAAAAGUGAAAUGGAUAAUGAAAAUGAUCCCGAAAUGAUGCGAAUACUGAUGAAAAGCCCCAUAACUACCCAGCAUGCCAAGCGUAUAACCUCCGAUUCAAAUAGUAGAAGUCAGAGUCAAUUGGAUGUGAAGAACUUUGUUUGGCAGCAUAUUCAGGAAAUAGUACCGAACUUGGUGCAACAAGUGGAGUUAGAACUCAUGGAAGAAGAUGCAAUGGAAGUCAAUGCAAAUAAAGACACAUCUUUAGAACAAAAGGUAACACCGCCAGAGCCACCACCAAUCGAUGCUGAGGAGUUCAUAUUGGAGGAAGUCAUUGGACCAAAUAUAAAAGAAGCGUCUAUACGGGAGUUGGUGCCACCCGAGUUCAUAUAUGCGGCAGAAAUUGCAACAUUCCGCAUGGAAUUCGAUCGCGCAUUGGAUAGAGAACAUGAGGAUGAAUUCGAGUUAGACAGCUUUAACGAUGCUGAGAGGAGUAUAUAUAAAAUGUAUCAAGCCCCAGAGGAAACGAAAGUAACUCUAGAAAGUGCGAUGGUUCCUGAGAAAGAAACCGAAUCCGACAAAAUCAUCGAAGAGAGUAUAGUCGCAGAUGAAAAUCUUCCUCAAGAAGUACAAGAAAUAAGAACUGAAAGCGAAAAUACAGAAACAAAUCAGCAAGCAAUGGAAAAUGAUAUGGAAGCAAAUGAUCAAACUGAAAUCAUCGAAGACAAUGAAAGAACCGAAAUUGAAAAUGCGAUUACUAAGCCCAGUACUGAGGAAACUGACAAGACAGUUUAUGAAAUAAUUGAAUUACCCAGUGAACCCGACUUUGUAGCGACCGAACAAACUGCUGAAAUCCUAACAGUAAGCGAAAAUUCUGAGGUUACAAGAGCAACUACAAAUAUCGACGCGUUCGAAAUGAACACUACAAUAACCACAGCUGAAGUACAAACCACACUUAUAGAGAAAACUGCCAGCGUUAGUACCGAAGUUUCUGUAGCUAAUAUAUUAGAGACACCUGCGCCCCAGAAAAUAGAACCACCAGCUAUUGUAAACUCUGCUGAAACUACAAAACUACGAAGAAAUGAAAAGAUGCAGAAACGUCAGAGAAAAAAUCAGUCAAAGAAUGCGAAUGACUCAGAAAUAAAAGCAACGGCGUCCAUUCGAAGAAAUAGUAGUAUAGACCAAAAGGAAAGAAAAAAUAUAAACUCUCAAGAAAAAACCGAAAACCAAGACAUUAAAACAGAGGGUUUAAGAAAUAAUGACGGAGCUAUUUCGCACCAUCAAGCUCCAGAAUCGACUGAGUAUCAACAUGCAGAUGCGACCACGUCCCUUACCGCAGAUAACAUUGAAGCCAACAACCAUGCUUUAAACACCAAAGAACGCCAACCGAAAGUGUCGAAAAUUCCAGUACGUCGUAGCGCAAGUCGACUUUCUGGUGAGCAAAGAACCAAACACCCUAGUCAACUAACUAUUGUCCAAACUAGUAACAAACUAACAACUGAGAAUGAAGUCCAAGCAACUAACAAUGCUAGAGAUACAUUAGAACAAGCGGUCAUUUUAAAUCAAACAGGUGGAGAAGCAGAGGAAAUAUAUAUUAUUUUAGACAACGAUGCAAUUAAUGGAACCGCUGUAGGUGAAGAUAACCAGAUUGAUAACAAUAUAGAAAGUUUGUCCGAAAAGCCAGAAGAGGCAAGUGAACAGCUGAAUGAAGUCGACGGAGAACAACCUUCUGCGGACAAAGCGGCUUAUCCACAAACGGAAAUGGUUACAGCUGAGCAGCUAGUUGUGACACAAAUAAGCGGGACAAUACAACCUCUUUCAAUACACGACGACUUCAACAAACAAAAAUAUACUAGUCAGAUAACCGAAAAUACCAACCAUGGUAAUCAGCACAAUCAAUUCGAUGGCGAGACGACUUCGGUAGUGGACAGGGCUCAAGCAGACACUGAAACAGAAGCAGAAGGUCAAAAUACAGAAGCCACAGAAGAAAAUUUGGGAAAUAGCACUGAAGAACUUCUCAUGCAGACAAACGAAAAAUCGCUUCCGGUGUUGAUGUCAGAAAAAGAAAUCAGCACUCAAGAACUUCAAAACCAAGGCAAAGAAUAUCCACCUUUGCAAGUGACAGUCGAUGAAACGAGUCAGGGAGAAAAUAAUUCUGAAGAAAGUGCUCAACAAAUUCAAGAAGAAAAUCUUUCGCAACCAACAGCUAAAGAAACUGGGCAAGUGGAAGUCAAAUCCGAAGGAAUGGUUCACCGUGAAGAGAAAGAACCAGUCUUGCUGGUACCGGUUGAGGAAAUCAAUCAAACAGAAGGCGAAGAACAUUUCAAUCAAACUGUGAUAGAAACACCCACAGCUAGGCACGACGAGAGGACCAACCAAAUAGAUUCCCAGCAAUCGACAGAAGAAGACAGAACAUUAAGUCCAAACAUGGAAGAAUCUGGCAAUCAAUUGACUGGAAAAGAAACUACACAAACUGAAACCACCACAGAACUGUACAGUUAUGGAUCACCCACCAACGAAGUAUUUCAAGAUACAGCUGAGCUUUCGGCGGAUGAAGAAUUUGAUAACAAUAUAAGUAACCCCCUCUUACACGAAAGGCAUGACGGUAAUGAAACAUCUGAUGCUGAGUUGUAUAGCGUUGAAAGUGAGUUUUCUAGUCGGGGACACUCACAUUCUGUGAAUGAUGUAUUGCUCGUAGCCGAAAAUACAGCAGAAAUGCCAUUACAACAAUCCACAAGUGACCCGACGAUAGAUGCAAAUCUAAGCAAGACGACAAGACAAACUGCAGCUUUGGAAUUUGUGCUUUCUCCAGAUGCCUCAAAACAAAAUCUCUCCGAACUCGUUGAAGACACGCAACGACUGAUUAAGCAAAUGAAAGACGAAAUAAAUAUAGAGGACUUCGAAUCUUCCGAAGAGGAAUACACCGACGAAUAUACAGAUGAAGAUGAAUAUGAUGAUGAUGAAGACGAUGGAAAUUGGGAGGGCUCGCUGGAAGAAGACACAGAAUAUGAUGAAGAUGAGCUAACUGAGGAUGAUAUUGAUGAUGAAGAUUAUUUUAACGAAGAAGAUGAGGAAGGUUUGAGCGCUGAGGAUGAAGGCGGUGUAGUUAAAGAAGAUAUUACCGCUGCGGUCAAUGUGAUCGAAAUUACAGAUGAAGUUUCUACAGCUCCUAGCGAUGAGCAUAACACAGAACAUGAAAGUGAAAAUCUUAGUGUCACGCACACCAAUAUGGAAGACCCUAUCAUUACCCCAUCAUCUCAUACCGAAAUCAUAAUAACCGUCGAUACCCCAAACUCAAAUGUUAUUGAUACAAAUCAUGAAGUCGCCAACAAUGCUUUAUUGACCAAGCUUGAAAAUGAAAUUGUGCCUGAUUCUAAUGCUAAUGCUAACCCCAUAGAGUCUUCAACUAACGAAAUCGAAACCGAGAAUCAAACAGAACUGCCCGCAGAAGCCGUGCUUUUAAAUGCAAAGAGUAUUACAAUAACAGCAGAAAGCGCAAGAAAUGAUGAUAAGGUAGACAUAACUGCUCCAACUGAGUUACGAGCUGAGACCGAAGAACAAAUUGAGACAAUUCCAGUCCAACACAAAGAAGCUGAAGAUCAAUAUAUGAGCGUAGAGAUUAUCGCAGUUGACAGCGCUGCCCACGCUUUAAACGAAACGGCUUUAAAAAAACCAGCAGAACAAAAUACGAGCAAAUUUGUGGUAUCUAAACCUGCUACAAGUCCUAAAACCGGCACAGUAAGUAAGAUUCCGCAAAUAAGAAACGAUGCACGCGAAGCAUCCACUUCAAAAGCUGCACGAAACGCUUUGAACAAUGCACGAAACGAUAAACUUAUCUCACCAAAAAACAAUGUCUUGGCUAUUAAACCUCAAGCGGAUAAGCCCAAAGCGAAGGAAAGCAAAAUACCAAAACAAGCAGCAAAAAAAGUACCUUUACGCUCGAAAUCGUUUUCCGGACCACCAGGUCCCAUUGGCAUUUCUUCGGUAAAGACUAUACAGCAAAAGUUUCUCAAUCAGCAGAAACAGUUAACGACAAGUUUAGAACCACCCAAAAAUCCACCAAAUGUAGUACGUAAGAAGUCAAUAACCGAAGCUAUUACUAAAUUUAUGCCCAGCACUUCAACGGGUGCCAGUAGUUCCACAGCUACUGCGGUAACCAGCAUUUUCCGCACGCAUCCACGUAUACCUAAGAAGAAAUAUCACGAAACAUGCUUUUCAGAUGAUGACUUUGAGACGACAUCGAGUGAGGAAGAACCGGAACCGCUGGAGAUACGUCAACGCAAGAUAAGUGUGCCAGUUUUUCGGGCGUACCCCAGCAUACAAGAACCGGAAAUUGUGCCGCCAGAGGUGCUCGUUCAAAAAUUCAUCGACGAGAAACUAGUCACAAAUAUCGCUGAAGCGCAAAUAGCUGCCACUCUGGUCAAUAUGCGGUUCCAACAGGAUGUUUCACUGUGGGCGGCCAAGGAAUGUAGUGACCUCGAUCAAGCCAUCUCUAUGCUACAACAAGAGUGUGAACUCUGCAUGGGCACAUAUCCCAUGAAUCAAAUUGUCUCGAUGCUCAAGUGUACACAUAAAUGUUGCAAACAGUGUGCCAAAACAUAUUUUACAGUGCAGAUUACCGAUCGCAGCAUCAACGACUGCACUUGCCCGUUCUGUAAGCUGCCUGAAUUGCACGGACAUAAUGAGCACGAGGAUGAGAAUUUGGAAUACUUCUCGAAUUUGGAUAUCUUUCUUAAGAACAUUUUAGAUGAAGAGGUGCAUGAGUUAUUCCAGAGAAAACUAAGAGAUCGCACACUGUUGCAAGAUCCAAAUUUCAAGUGGUGCAUACAAUGCUCAUCCGGUUUCUUCGCGAGACCUAAGCAGAAGCGACUCAUUUGUCCAGACUGUGGAUCCGUAACAUGUGCGCAGUGUAGAAAGACGUGGGAAAAGCAACACGAGGGUAUUUUAUGUGAACAAUUCAAAGAAUGGAAGGAAGCCAACGAUCCGGAAGUGCAGGCACAGGGUGUUCAAGAGCAUUUGUCACAGAAUGGCAUUGAUUGUCCUAAAUGUAAAUUCAGAUAUUCGCUAGCCAGAGGUGGUUGCAUGCAUUUCACUUGCACGCAAUGCAAGUAUGAAUUUUGUUAUGGUUGUGGUAAGCCAUUUAUGAUGGGCGCCAAAUGCACAAUCUCCUCGUAUUGUGCCAAAUUGGGUCUACAUUCACAUCAUCCACGGAAUUGUCUUUUCUAUUUGCGUGACAAGUUACCCAUACAAUUACAAAUGUUACUUAAACGAUAUAAUAUACAAUACGAUGAAGAUCCAGUAGAGUUGCCUGACAACCACGUGGAAGAUGCAUCAACAUCAACACCAAAAGUGCCGCGUUGUCCAAUACCCUUGCAGAAAGAGACUCCCACAGGUCUGGUAGACACUGUAUGCAGUGGCGAAGUGCCAGAUAAACACGCUGGAAUGUGUCGCACCCAUUACGUCGAGUACUUGACCGCCAAAGUGGCUAAAGCGCGCAUUGAUCCACUGCCCAUAUUCGACCUAACCGAUUGUGUGCAAGAGUUAAGGCGACGAGAUAUACGACUGCCGGAACGAGGUCCAUGGGAUACAGAUGAAAUCUAUAAAGGCAUGUGUUCUGAGGUUAUAAAGAAAAAUAUUCCGCUGGAAACGACAUGAGACAGUGUGCCACAAGCUACUUGGACCAAUGCACCAGAAACCCAACCAUAUGCGAGCAACAUAUGAACGAGAUAUGUACGAGCGAACGAUGUUGUGGGCUGCAAAUAUUUGAAAAGAUGAAAAGGAAAGAAAUUAAAAUUGAACGCAAAUUUAAUGUAUUAUUUUCAACAAAUUUUCUGUUUUUUUUAUUUCCACUUGUUCAUUGUCUUAUGUAUGUUUAUAUUCGUCGCAGUCCACUGUAUAUCUCUUAUCCACGCUACUAAUCCAUAUUACUAUGAGUAAAUGUUCAAUUUAUAUUUUCUAAAGCUUAACUAGUGAAUAAAGUAUAUACAUAAAGAUAAAUGAUUUUUUUGCUUA